UACAAUAUUUGUAAAAAAUGAUGAUUUAACAUUAUUUAAUUAAUUUUGUGAUAAAAGCAUAUUUACCAAGAUGAAUUUUACUAAGGCACUAUCCUAUUUUAUUAUGAGAAGUAACAAGCAAUUUAUAAGGAACAAUGUGAGAAACUAUGGCAUCGCUGAAGAAAGAUUUCAAAAAACAAGUUUUACAUUUGUAAGCGAUGAAACAAAUGAUGUUAUUUAUAUUGAAAAAUUCAAUCAACUUGGGUUUAAAUUAAUGAAUGGUUUUCGAGUUCUUGGUCCAGCAGUCUUCUUUCCCAGAUCUGUUUUAGGUUGGAAGGUUAAAAACUCAACAGAUAUCAAUGAAAAUUCACUUUCAUUGUUUCCACUCUUAGCUCCAAAAUUAGAUUUGUUGAUAGUUGGUAUAGGUGACCCUGGAAGUCAGUUUGAUAUGAAUAUCAUCAAAUAUUUAAGAUCUAAUAGAAUAAGUCUAGAAAUUUUGCCAACAGAACAAGCAAUACCAACAUUUAACUUUUUAAACAGCGAGAGACGUAAUGUAGCAGCAGCAUUAAUACCACCUGUAACUUUA